CAUCUUCACUGUCUAGUUGUUAGCAUCUAAGCGCCGAUAAUCCAGCAGCAGCCAUGGCGCCUCUUCGAGUUCUACUGUGGCAUCUCCUUGUUCCUGCCCUAGUAACUUCCCAUCUGGUUGCGGCUGCAUCCAACUCCUCGAUGCCGGGACCGGACUGCCCUAGUAAGUGCGGCAACAUAGAUAUUCCCUAUCCUUUUGGCAUCGGCGAUGGCUGUGGCCGGCCGGGCUUUAGUCCGUACAACCUCACUUGCAACAAUAGCUUUAGUCCUCCGAGACUAUACAUGAGUAGCGCCGAGGUCAUCAGCAUCUCGCCGGAGACCGGCGAGAUACGCGUCGUCACCUAUCCUUCGUACAUGUGCUACAACCUGAACUCGCCAAGCAUCUUCACUUCCUACGCGGGGCCGUGGAUACUUGCCAAUCCGUUCAUGAUCUCGGCGAGGAGCAACGAGUUCACGGCCAUCGGGUGCAGCACGGUGGCGCUCCUGCAGAGCAGGAGCUACUACACCGGCUGCGUCACCUACUGCGAGAGCAUAAAGGGCGCGGCUACCGACGGCGCCCAGUGCACGGGGCUCGGCUGCUGCCAGAUGCCGAUCUCGGGCAACCUCAGCACGAUACAGGUAUACUGGAACAACAACAGCAACGGCACCUACGACAAUCCUGCGUGGACGUACAGCCCCUGCAGCUUCGCCUUUGUGGCUGAGAAAGGCUGGUACGGUCCUAUACUCCCUGUCCUAUGCAUAUCCAAGGUCUGGCUAUAUCAUGUUUCUCGAAACUAA